AUGAGGGAGCCAGAUCAUUGCAAGCAACGUUGGGAAAAGAUCAAUGAUCUUGUCAACAAAUUAUGUGGCUCCUACGAAGCUGCAUCAAGAGAGAGGACCAGUGGACAGAAUGAAAAUGAUGUCUUGAAGCUGGCCCAUGAGUUGUUCUACAACGACUACAACAAAAAAUUUACACUGGAGCAUGCUUGGAAGGAGCUUAAAAAUGAUCAAAAGUGGUGUGAGCUCUCUUCUUCAAAAACGGGUGGAAGCACAAAAAAGAGAAGAUGUGAUGUUGGUCUACAAACCGCAACCUCUCAAGCUGAGGAGUCAAUGACUGGUGGAGAGGCUCAAGGAACCAAAAGGCCACCUAGUAUUAAGGCAUCUAAAGGCAUCGCUAAGAGACAAACGGUGGAGGUCAAAGCUGCAGAAGAGUUUCAAAGCAUGUGGAGCAUCAGGGAGAAGGAUAACGCUACGAAGGAAAGAGUGUUUAAGAUGAGUGUGCUAGACAGAUUGCUUGCAAAAGAAGAACCUUUAGCUGAGUAUGAAGAAGCUCUAAAGAGAAAGCUCAUCAAUGAGCUGAUGGAUAUUUAG